AACGAACACCCAGCCAUGCGCCCACUCACAGAGUCCGAGACUCAAACCCUCUUCACAAAGCUCGCCAACUACACCGGCCGAUCUCUGAAUCAUCUUAUCGCACCACCCACCUCGUCCAGCGACGAGUCCGCAGAUGAUCGUUAUGUCUUUAGACUGCACGGCUCGAGAGUCUACUAUCUCCGCGUCUCUGUGGCCAAUCUUGCCACGUCGAUUGCGAGGCCGAACUUGUUGUCGAUAGGUACCUGUCUUGGAAAAUUCACAAAGACCGGAAAAUUCAGACUUCAUAUCACGGCGCUAGAUGUGAUAGCACCGCAUGCCAGGUAUAAGCUGUGGAUCAAGCCCAAUGGAGAGAUGCCGUUUCUCUAUGGCGGAAAUAUCGUAAAAGCGCAUGUUGGCAGAUGGAGUGAAGAUUGCCCGGAGCACCAAGGAGUGAUUGUGCUGUCUAUGGAUGAUACGCCUCUUGGCUUCGGAGUCACUGCUCGAUCUACCAUGGAGGCUCGAAAGUUAGACCCAACUGGCGUUGUGGCAUUUAGGCAAGGGGAUAUAGGAGAAUAUUUAAGAGAGGAGGAUACCCUUUUCACUACGUAGCUUACGUUCA